AUGACUGCAAAACCCGGGCCAUCGUUGGAAAAAGCGAAGGGAUCAUCAACAGAAUCAGUUGACUCCUUCAAAGAAGAGAAUUUUGUCGAAUCUUUGAUGACGCAGGUGGAUGAAGAGGCGAUAAUGGAGGUUAUCAAUGUCCAGAAGAAAUCGUACGUUUGUUGGGUUUUUAUUUUUGCGUUUUUAGGAGAAUUCGGGCCGAAUUUGUGAAGGAUAAUAUAAAUUUAGUGGGGCUUACGGAGAUUUUGAUGUUGCACGUGAAAAUUAAAGUGAAAUGUAUUGUAAAUGUGGCUCAUUAGCUGCAGGUGGCUUUGCUGUUUCCUUAUAGGUUCAUUUUUACCCCGGCGACUGCAAAUUCCACGGGUUUCAGCGAUUUUCCAGGAGCAUCACAUCAGGUUGAUGUUGUAGAUGAAAAUUUGAUCAAAAAUCGCGGGUUUUAGACGUUUUUAGCUUUAAGCCACUCUUCCUAUCUCACAUUUGACUUUGUUCACCUUAUUUUAGCCUUGAACGAUUCGAAAAGACGAACGAAAUGCUGCUGACAUGUCGUCAAUUGACUGAAAAACGCCUGGAAGAGGUCAAAAAGCAAUUCACGCAAGCCACACAGACAAUACAGCAGGCCAAGGCGGAUCUGGAGUCUGUAUUUCGGCGGUUGAAAGCGAUCAAACAGGUUUUGGCGGAGAAGAAUCCAAAGAUUUAUGCAAAACAGGGUAAGGUUUUGAUGGAAUUUUUGUUUCGAUUUUUAGAUCGGAAGAUGGAAGUUUGUUAGUAAAUUCGACAUCACAGAGGUAGAAAAAUCCUCAUUUUACAAGGUGGAUUAGUUUUUGAGAGACAAUUUUACUGGGUUUCGACGAAAAUUUGGGGUUUUCGGCAUUGCUGCUACUAGAUCAAGGAUAAUAUCAAAUUUUUGCUUAAAAAUCCAGUGAAUUCAAGUUCAUUUUUCUGCAGAUAGCUUUUGAAUACUGCUUAAGAGUUUUUAAGAUGUUUUCAAGUCAGAUUUGUUUCGGUUUUAUACCUAUAUUCAUUAUUUCACCUAGUCUAACAUGACCUAAAUUUGCAGUCGAAGAAGCCGAAAAACAAUUUCCUCCGGAGCCCGAGGAUUAA